UGUUCUCAAAUUAACUUCAAAGCACGCACCUAAAAUGACGGGGAUGAAAAUCUUCCAACCAUCAAAAACUCGAGUCCGCUUCACGCGAUGAACUGCAUGUGGAUAUGCCAUACGACGAUGAAAUCUGUAGGGAUUCAUCCACGUUCUGAUGGUGUCUCCCCUUAAAAAGGAAGUUACCGGCGGCAAGUCAUCCGCUCUCCAUAGCUGACUACCAUCUCUCGGUUUAUAGUUGACUCUUCUUACUGUGUAUCUUCCCAUUCUNAAUUUGAUAUAUCGGGCAGUUAUAUACUCAUCCUCGUAGACUAA